AAAAACGAAACACAUUAAAGGAGGCCUUUGAUCAUAAUUCGUUUCAUUUCAUAAUUUUUCAAUCAUAAAAAGGAAAAGAUUUAAUAACGAAACAUUUGAAAGACAGCUCAGCAUAAAGACGAAGCAAAUAAAAUUUUACCGGAUAUCUAUAGGAGAUUAACGGAAAACGAAAAAUAAAAAAAAAAGAUGCGUCGUUCUUCGUUUACUCCGGUCUUCAGCUUGAAUACGCAGGAACCUGUCAUUGUGGUCGAGGAAACGCAUGCAAUUGAUGGCGAUGCUAAUGUGGACGAGGGCGCAGCCGAUCGCGUUGAUUUAUCGGGAGCCGCUGCACAUGUGAAAUUCAGAUCAAACAGCGAUGACUCGGAAUCACCAAAAAAUCCAUAUUUGUUAUGCCCAUUUCCGGAUAUGCAGAAACGUCGUAAGAAUUCGCUGCCUUCGCUGCAAAUAACCGAAGGUAUUACGGCCAGUCAAGUGCGACGUUUAUCGGAUGUGGGUGGAGAAACCACAGGCACUUUAAGUCCGCACGAAGUUAAAUUUCUGACUACAUUAACGCAGCGAUCUAAUGUGGCGGGCAGUACGCGCAGGCACUCGGUGGUUACGAUCUCCGCCGCACAACCAACGCUCUUCGGACGCAGUCGUCGCGAAUCUAUAUCUGGUGCUACAUACAGUGGCAGUCGUCGUGGUAGUGGUUUCCAAGGUCCACCUUUAACUGAUCCCCGUGGAAGUAUACAUAAUUUACAAUUGGAUAUAAUGGAUGGUAUUGUACAGACUCGUAAAACACGUUCGGGUAGCGGCGUCUGGACGGCACCCAUAUUAAAAGAGACGGAGAACAACGUACCUCUACAAACAUAAAUUCCUUCAUUUAUCUGACUUAAACUACUAAAGGAGACCAGCUACAUAUAUAUA